AAAAUGAAGACGGCGAGUGAAGGUUAUCAAUUUAAGCCUGCUGGUCAAUCUAGAAAAGCAGAUGCAGGCAUUUCUAGUAAUCAUGUCUGCCGAGCCGAUUGUUCUUUGGAUUGUAGCCCUUCCGAAUGUAAAGUUUUAUAUUGAGAACCUGGUGACGUUUGGCUUGAAUUACAUUGUUGAAAGAGAAGAUAUGCUUUCUCUUAUUUCACCAAGGAAGAUAUUAUGGUGCAUUGUUGAUUGUUAUGCCAUGUAUCUUAACGAGUUGCAAAAGGCUAAUGUUGGCAUUACAAGAUUUUUUUUUUAGUGUAAAAUCAAGUUUUUCUUUGGUAGAAGUUAUGGACAAAGAGGAAAGUGAAAGUGAUAAUUCUGCAGCCGUGGAGAACUUGCAGACGUGUUGCGAACGUUGGGCUUAUUACGAAAAUUCUGGUUGUGAUGUUCUGGGAGCUGAAAUGAUUUUUGUCCCUCUUUUGAUUGAGGAUCACUAUCUCAUGUUUGUUAUUGAUCAUUUGAACGAGAAAAUACAUUACCUUGAUAAUAUCAUUUGGCCUACUGAGACACUUGAGUAUUUUGAGAAGUUGUCCUUUCAUGUGGCAGAUCAAAUGGAUGAUUUUCUUAAAAAAGGAAAUUAUCCUAAAGCUGAAAAAAUACGUUUUUACAAGUUUCAAGUUCAAAAUCUUCAGUGGAGCAAGAAGAAGCCUGAUAAUAUUGAUAGUGGUGUGUUCGUUAUCUAUGAAAUGGAGUUGUAUGGUGGUGAACAGUUUCAAUACGAUGAUUUGAUGACAGUUUCUUGGAGGCGUUUUCUUCGAGCUAAGAUUUGUGCCACACUUGUUAUGUCUGACAUGAAUGCGUCGAGGUCUGAUGUUGUAGAUGAAGUAAUCAAGUUCAACAAGAACAACAGAAAUUCUGAUUUUGUGAAGAUGGUUGAAGGAAAGAGGAAGUUAGCUUUGGCUGAGCAGAAAAGGAAGAGAGAUGAAAAAACUAAGCAACUUAAUGUAGCCAAUGCGCAGAAGGAAACUAAGGAAAAACGAGUAGUGAAAAAACAGAAGAAGUAUACUCCUUCAAAAGAGUAGUCAUAUUUGAACAUUUUACAUAUGACUAACUAAACUAAGGUCUUAAGGUGCAUGUCGUACAUGAAUGUGCAGUUCUAAUUCUAUGUGUAGUAUGAAUAUUAGUAUAAUUUUGGUUUAGUCACUAUUAUGCUUGUAACGGGUGACAUUUAUGACUGAUAGAGGUAACUCAUCCUAUGACGUAAUAUUUUGGUUUUGUAACUUUGUGGAUAAAUUUUUAGAAGGGGUUAUUGGUGUUGUGCCACUAUUACUUGUACUAUGACACAUUUUUGCACGUCCAGGUUAAUAUUAAUGUUUUGAAGUGAA